GAAUUAUGUGACGAUCGUGUCCGUGCUUCUCCACAAUCCCCUUGGAAUUUUGAGUAUCUCUUGAAAAAGACAAAAAUCUCUUCUAGUACGAAAGAUCUUGAAGAGUCUAAAUAUUCAGACAUUUUAACAGUCGCCAGGGGACAACGAUUGCAAUAAGGUUCGAAAAGACGGAGAGAUACUGACCUAUACUGAGAGCACAGAAAGUUCAGUGAUCACAUAACUUCACGUCGUCGAAUGUGCUUCCGCGAAGACAAUCUCGUGAGUGCGAGAAAUCAAACGGUGAGGACUCAAACGUGAUUUAUUUUUCGUCGCAAAAGUAAAAAUAUCGAUGGAAGGAACUAGGUUGCAACACUUCGACUUUUGCUUCAUUUGAUAUAAAAUAUCAACAGCGACGGCGACAAUAUAACUAAACAACUCUAAGGAGCAGCAACAAUAUACAGUAAUAUUAAUUAACGCGUUCGAAGUUUUCUCCGUAAAUAAAUAAUAAACAAUAAACUGUGAUAUAUAAAUCUGAGAUAGGUGGUCCCUUAAAUUAAUCAUUGCCAUCAAUCGUUAAAUUAACCGUGGACAAGAAAUUUCAUCCUUGACGUGUGUUUAUGUGUCUGUGUGCAUGUGCGGUUUAUACACGACGGAACGUUUGCAAUGAGAUCGGACAAGUCAACGGAGUUAAGCAUCGCUAAUUAUCUUAGAGCCGCUGUAUAAUUGCCACUAAUUAAUCAACGUGACUCUUGACGCUCCUUGCCUCUGUUGCAUUCGAGCUUUGAAUUUCACGCUUCCCGUCGCCAGUUCAUACAUGAAGACAAUGAAGUGGCUUUGGAUAAUUGUCUUAGUGGCUCUGGCGCUGCCAGCUGCUGUACCACGAAAAAUCCACAGAAGUAAGCCUACGCCACGAUUGUACGGCGACAGAGUUCCCAUCAGUUUAAUAAGGACUACUAGCAGCAAGGUACGGCAAAAGAUCGUGGACACCCACAAUUACUUUCGCACGCAGGUCAAGCCAUCUGCCGCCAACAUGCUCGUCAUGAAAUGGCAUUCGGGCUUAGCAAAGGCAGCACAGAGGUGGGCCGAUCGUUGCCUCGGUUUGGUGCAUGACAAUGCGACCGGUCUGUAUCUAGACGGCUUUGGACAGAGUGGACAAAACAUAUUCAUCAGUACGGGUCGUACGCUCUGGAACUUCCCCAUCAGAAUGUGGUACAUGGAGUACAAGGACUUCAAGUACGGACCCAAUACGACGAAUGAGAUCCUCGAGAUCGGCCAUUACACGCAGGUGGUGUGGGCGACGACACAUCUGGUCGGAUGCGGGGUGAGCCAUUGCACCGGCGGCAAAGGUCCGCUCGGCAAGGAUUUCUAUAUGUAUGUUUGCAACUAUGCUCCGAGCGGGAAUUACAAGGGCCGUCUGGGCUUGCCGUACGUGGCUGGGAAGCCGUGCAGCCUGUGCAAGGACCAUUGCACGCAGGACGCGCUUUGCACGAACGCCUGCUAUCAUACCGAUCUGUGGUCCAACUGCGCCGAACUGGUCAGGACGUUUGGUUCGUGGGUCUGCGAGACGGACACCAAGGAGGGUCAUGAACGCCGAAAGUUCUGCGGCGCUACGUGCAAUUGCAAGGACAAGAUCUACUACCAUCACGAAGGGUAGGAGGGCUCCUUGACUUUGGGUCCACCGUGUUGCAUGAAUAAUUUAAUCGCUCUGCAAAACUAAACUCAGACCUAGUGGGUGUUACGACGGCUAAACGGCAGUAGAUCGUUUAAUGGAGGGUCGUGUUGUUUUAUUGAUGAGCUCGUUUGUUUAGUGAUGAGAGUUGGAGGAAUGCUCGCGAUGUUAUGAGCGAAGGCAUCGAGAAAGAGGGGGCGGGGGAGAUAGAAAGAGAAAGAGACACACACAAUACAUAUAUACACAUAGAGAACGGAUAAACGGGAUAAUAUGAAGGUAGAUGAAGUGAUUAUGGAAUUUGUAUGCUAUCUGAAUCUCUGGGGCCUAAAUUUUGCGGAUUCUAAGGAUUGUCCAAAAUUUAAUAGAUCGAUAGAUUCUG